UGUUUAUAGAAGCGCAGAGCUCGAGAGCAGCUCGUCAGAUUGAGAAGAGCGUGGCGUGUCGCGGACUGGGAGCGCAUUCAACAUCACAGAGACGGGUUUAUCAUCACACUCGCGCUGUUUGAGCAUCUCGAUUAUUGGAUUUGAGUGGCACAAACAAACCGGAGGCUGCUGGAGCUUCUCAACAAACUAUUGGGGAUGAAUCGCUGUACGGCCGCUUUACUUUUGCUGGUUAUCGCCUUUUAUUCACUCAACACAGAGGCAUACAAGUGCAGAUGCACGAGAAAAGGUCCGAAGAUCCGGUACAAAGAUGUACAAAAGCUGGAGAUCAAGCCUAAACAUCCAUACUGCCAAGAAAAGAUGAUUUUUGUCACCAUGGAGAAUGUGUCCCGUUUCAAAGGUCAGGAGUAUUGCCUGCACCCCAGGCUCCAGAGCACUAAGAACCUUGUCAAGUGGUUCAAAAUCUGGAAGGACAAACACAGGUAG